GCGAAUCAUAGCCACAAUUAAAACAUCGACACAGUUGGCAGACAUAGCGAGACUUGGACGGAUUGGAUUUGCAUGCAGCUGGCAUUUUUGUGCACAGAGGCAAAGGUCUGAACCAAGUUGGGAAUGGUGGCACUCAGUUUUGCGGAAGAUGGGCUGCCUACGAGACAUCCUCCUACUAGGAAUUCUUGGCCUCAUCAAUAAUGCAGUUGGUGUUAAAAUUUCCACCGGAUAUCAUAUUGUUCACAACGAACCGCAUCAACCUUAUUCUGGCUAUCAUGGGUUUCAAUAUUUAAGUGGCGCUCCUUCUCAGUACAUCAUUGGGAAUAGUCUAUCCCAUGGAGCACCGGCUAGUUCACCUGCUAUCCAAAAUCCGUUCACACAACCAGCUGCUGGCCCUGCACCAUCGGCAUAUGGACACAGUUUUCCCACACCUGGCCAAGUGACAUGUGCAAAUCCACCUGCCAUAUGUGAGAAAUCCGCAUAUCGAACUCUAGAUGGCUCCUGCAAUCACCUGGAGCGUCCUGGUCUUGGUGUGGCAAACACAAAAUAUGGACGACUUUUGACACCCAAAUAUGCCGAUGGAUUAUCGGCACCGCCGCGUUCCAUCAGUGGAGAUGAAUUGCCCAGCGCUCGCUUAGUUUCUUUGGUAGCCUUUGGCGAGCAGGAUGUUCCCGAUCCGGAGUUCACACUUCACAACAUGCAAUGGGGACAAAUUAUGACUCACGAUAUGAGCAUGACGGCCGGAGCUACCCAAUCGAAAAAGCAUCCCACGCGCUGCUGCACUGAUGAUGGACGACUGAUUGGACUGGACACAGCUCAUAAGACAUGCUUUGCAAUUAUUGUGCCACCUCACGAUCCAGCUUAUGCCCAAGUCGGCACCGAAUGCCUCAAUUUUGUGCGCACCCUAACAGAUCGCGACUCUAGAUGUCAAUAUGCUGGAGGGCCGGCCGAGCAACUUACCGUGGUCACCUCAUAUUUGGAUCUCUCAUUAGUAUAUGGCAAUUCGAUUCAGCAAAACAGCGAUAUCCGAGAGUUCCAAGGAGGUCGCAUGAUAGUGGAGGAACGUAAUGGAGGAAAAUGGUUGCCAUUAUCACGUAAUGUGACCGGAGAUUGCGACGCGAUUGACAGCAGUGAAGUCUGUUACCGAGCUGGAGAUGUGCGUGUUAAUCAGAAUCCUGGUCUAGCCAUUCUGCAGACAGUCCUAUUGCGGGAACACAAUCGAAUAGCUGAUGGUUUGGCUGCAUUGAACCCGCACUAUGAUGACCGCACUUUGUUCCAGGAGGCACGCAAGAUCAAUAUUGCACAGUAUCAGCAAAUUAACUACUACGAAUGGCUGCCCAUUUUCUUGGGGGCAGAGAAUAUGCUGAAGAAUCGUUUGAUCUACAAAGCCCCAGGUGGCAGUUAUGUUAACGACUUUGAUCCCAAUAUUGAUCCAUCUGUAUUAAAUGAACAUGCAACGGCUGCCUUUAGAUAUUUCCAUUCUCAGAUCGAGGGCAGAUUAGACCUUUUGUCUGAAUUGCGUCAAGUUCUUGGCUCACUAACACUCAGUGAUUGGUUCAAUCGUCCUGGUAUUAUUGAAGUUGGUGACAACUUUGAUUCCCUUACCCGUGGUCAUGCCACGCAACCAGAAGAAUUGACUGAUAUCAACUUUGAUAGACAAAUCAAGCAUUUCUUGUUUAGACGAAACAUGCCAUUCGGUUCCGACUUGCGAUCUCUGGAUAUUCAACGAAACCGCGAUCAUGGACUUGCAUCCUAUAAUGACAUGAGAGAAUUCUGUGGCCUGCGCAGAGCCCAUUCUUGGGAGGAUUUCGGUGACCUGAUUAGCCCUCCAAUAAUUGAAAAGCUGAAAUCACUUUAUGCUAGCCACGAAGAUGUGGACCUAACUGUCGGCGGUUCCCUAGAGGCUCACGUGGCUGGAUCAUUAGCGGGUCCCACUUUCCUGUGCAUUUUAACGGAACAGUUCUACAGAACUCGUGUGGGAGAUCGAUUCUUCUUCGAAAAUGGCGACAAACUCACCGGUUUCACUCCAGAUCAAUUGACAGAGUUACGUAAGGCUAGUAUGGCACGAUUGCUCUGCGAUAAUGGCAACAGCAUUUCCUCAAUGCAACCUCAGGCAUUUAAAACGGUUUCUGCAUCAAACCCAAUUGUGCCAUGCUCACAUAUCCCGCAAGUUGAUCUUACAAAGUGGAUUGAUCAAAAGCCAUAUACUUCUGCAGAUCCAUCAAUACAUUAUGUAAAGAAGUGAUCCAGUUUCAUGGCGAAAUCGGAUUUGUCAUUAACUAGUUGAAAAUAUAAUAACUUUUAGCAUAAUCGUAUAAACAAUGUAAAAGCGGUACCCAUGUAUUAUAUCAUCCAUAAUGUACAUAAAUAAAA